GUCACCCCUCCAGCUGUGUGAGGGCAGGAGAAGCAGCAGAGGUGUCACCAUGAGCACUUUGUCCCCUGCCACGGAGGGAGCCAGCCCUGCCUGCUGGAGCCAGCCCGGUGGGAAGGCAUCCAAGGGGAGCUGGAAUGAGGAGAGCCACGGCAACUGGAGCCAGAGCCCCAUCACCCCUUAUGUGCUCAGCCUGGCCAUGGCUGGCUUCACCUUCCUGCUCUCCAUCAUCAUCCCCCUGGGGCUAUUUUCUGUCCCAGGGAGCUUCUGCCAGCAGCUGGGCUCGUGGGGUGUGACAGCUGGGCUGAAGGUGCCCAUCCUCUUGGCUUUCACUGCCGCUGUCUCCUGUCUGACAGCCCUCAGUGCUGUGACAGCUCUGUUUGUCCGUGUGUCCUGCUGGCCCUGCCACUGCUCGCAGUGCUUCCCCAUGCUCCUGUGUGCCCUGCUCUGGCUGCUCUCCUUCCUGCUCACUGCCCCCCUCCAUUGCUGCUCUUUGGUGCCCAUGGCCUUGGUCCUGAGCUGCCUCUUCUCAGUGCUCAGCCUGACCUGUUCUGCUCUGGCCCUGAUGGCCAGGCUCCUGUGCUGCCCAUGGAAACAGCUCCCAGGGAAGCUCUGUGCCCUGCUCCUGCUGCUCGUCAUGCCCUUCCCCUUCUUCACUGCUGAUUUUGGGCACUGGCUCUUGCUGAGGGCGUUUGACUUCUCUGUCUUUGCCGCCAGCACCUCUCUCCUGCUCACCUGUGCCAAGAGCUCUGCCCUCCCUCUGAUUCACUUCCUGGCUGGGAGCUGUGCAAAGGAAUUCACCUCCUCUGGUAGUGUUGCCUUGCAGAGGGCUUUUGAGGCUUUUGUGCCAGAGCCAGGGCACAGGGACAACACAGUGGAGUCAUCAUCAAGUGGAAUCAUCAUGAAAGAUAUUCAGCCUAAAAUAGAACCAUAA